UCCGUCCAUUUCUUUUUUUUCGCUCUUUUCAUGCGAUUUGGUCGCUUAAUGUGGAAGGAAAAAAGUGGGAUGAUCUUCUAGGUUAUCGAUGAUGGUGGCCGCAUCAAUGAAGAGGGGUAGUAAGGGUUUGGGAGAUUUGAAAAUCUCAGAGCAACCACUUCGAUGAGAGACGGCGGUGCUCUCCAUCUCUUAUGACGCCCUUUUCCUACUUCUCUUCUUCUGGAUUCAAUGGUGUCCUUCAUUCGCUCCCGAAACCCUAAUUUCUGAGUUCUCGCCAGACCAUAACCUCAGAGCUCCCCCACGAGCCGGCCGGGAAUGGAGUCGUCGAAGAAACGCGCAGGGUCGAGGGAAGACGAUGACCCGGCAGCUUCCUUCCCCGAGCUGCUCAACUUCUGCGCCAGGGCCCAAACGCUGAUCGCCGAGCUCCUCCUCCUCUCCGAUCGGAUCCCCGCGGAGUUCCUCGAUCGCCGCUUCGACGCCGUGCUCUUCGACCUCAGGUAUUUUGACUCCCCCAAUGAUUUUGAGUCAAGGAUUGAAGGGAAUGAGGAACUGGAAGCACUAGAAGAUUGUCUUCGGGAAUCUUGUUCUGCUUAUAUGCAGAGAUUUUUUCUUCUGAUGACUGGUGCUGUUAUUUACCAUUUGGAGCUACUUAAAUACCUAAAUGACCUUCAGAUGCAUUUUGUCAUACAGGAAGGUUUGUAUGGGCAGUCUACACUAGAUAGAGUAUUGGAUAAUCAAUAUGGACGACAAUUGCUGACGGAAUCAAUAGCACUGUUUGGAUGCAUGCUGAUACUGAUGGAGCACUGUUUGAGUGGCCAUUUGCGAGAGAAGCUUCUUGUGGCACAUCUACGCCAUGACUGCUGUUUUGACUCUCCAAAUCUAGAGCACAUAUGCUUGAUUUGUCGUGCCCACAUGCCUCCAUCUGGCCCAUUUCAUCAUAGCGGUUCACCUUUUGUAAACUCCGGUAUGGUUUCUGUACAAAAGACUGAAGAUCUCUUUGCAAGAUUUCCAUUUCCCAAAUUGGUGGUGGAUGCUGUUAUACAUCGUUUGCGGAAUGAUGACUUGUACAAUCAAGUACACCACUAUCCAGAUCCACAGCACCGAACUGUGGCAUUAUCAUUACAGAGUGGAUACCUGUAUAUUCUGUUAUUCUAUUCUCCAGAGUUUCUACGCAAUGGUUUUGUCAUGCGAGAGAUUGUUGAUCGGUUCUUUAGAGAUUGUUGGGUGGUUCCAAUAUUUUUACAUUUUGUGGUAGAUCUGUUUGUGUCAUGGGAUGCAUAUAAAGAAGCAAAAGCAUCAUUAUCCUCUAGUGUUUCUCCAACAUUUAUACGGGACUGCUGUCAAUAUCAUUGCACUAAGGUUACGCAUCUCUCAUCAGAGUUGGGUUCAGUUCUCUCAAAUUGUGUUUUAAUCAAAGAUUAUGUGCUAGAUAACUCUCAAUAUCUAAUUUCCUUGGUCAGAGAUUGCAAUAUUGCAUUGCGCUGGGUUUUGCUUCACAGAGCUAGCGGCGACAAAAGAUCGAGGGACAUAGUAACUUCUGUAGGACUCGCACUGCAAGUUGAUGAAGACAAUCUGUUACAGCUGCUACUGAAGACCUCCCAACUUGAGUUCAAGGUGAAGCAGCUCUAUGUGGAGCUUUUGGAAAGCAAAGAAGCUUUGUGGCUUGAAAAGAAGCACUGUGUUUCUAACUGCAUAGAAGAAUUAUCUGUGCACUGUUUUGGCUCUUGGGUUUCAUCAUGCAAAAUCAAGAAUGAAAGCCUGAAUGAUUGGUUUCAAAAAUUGUCAACAGAGGUUCAGUCAUUAGACUGUACAAGAACUGGAAGUUCAAGCAGAGCAAUCUAUCGUGUAUUAUCUGCACUGAAGGAUCUCGAGCAAUUCUGUCAAAUUGAUCAAAUCAAGCAAUGGCUAUUUGAAGCCCAAAAGUAUCUGCAGGAUAUGAUCAAAGUUCUCAAUCUAGAUGAUGAAGCAAUGUCUACAUUCUCUGCGAUUACCGAUGCUCUCUAUGCAUGGGCAUAUGUUGCAAGAUUUGGCGAACUACUAGGCAAGAAUAUUGAGCAAGAUCCAUCAGUUGUGUUGAGUCUGCAUACAUAUUUUCUAAAAUUUUGGAUGUUGUUGAAUGUACCAUUACGACGGAUUGAACAAAAUCAAAGUUCUGAUCUUCUUUGCGUCUCAAAUUACUAUUCCUCAAAAUAUGCAGCUCAGAUAUGUGCAACUUUGGAGAUUAUACCUGUCAUUCUGCUUGGAAUAUAUAUGGAUGAUAACUUACAAGCUCAGCAGCCGUUUCACCAAUUGAGUCGUAUUGAUAAAGAUAGUCUUCCAGAAUUUAUGCAGGUGGAUCAACAACUCAAUUUAGCAAGGGCAGCAAAUAAAAUAUCUAUUAUCUCGGAGGGAGUGCUGCUCAUGUCAAGGAAUUUUCGUGGCCUUAUAAGUCUGGAUUUGGAGGACUGGCUAGAGGGGCAAGUGAGGAAGGAACUAUCAAAACGUCUAGAGAACAAACUGAAAACUUUUUUCUUGUUGCCCAAUGUUGGAUAUGAUAUUUUGGAAGUCAAUCUGAGGACAUUAUCAGCUUAUAUUCUUUCACAAUUGCAAAUGAUGGAAUCCUUUCAGGAUUUACUUCAUAUACCUGGGAAUCGUAUUUGGGAAGAAACUUUUACCAAAGUUUUGAAGCAGUGUUUUGAAAAGGAAUAUGCUGCAUUUAUUAAAAGAGAGCAAGGAUCUAUAGUUUCAGUUGCACAAUUGAAUGACUUCUCUAAAGCACCAACGUUCUAUGGACAUUUGUUGCACCAGCUAUUACGAUUGACGGAUCCUUCUCGGUCAAUGUUUAUAGAGCCUAUGAGCGGUUGGUUUGAUGCUGAAGGACAUGAAUUACUAGGAUUGCACUUCAUCAAUCUAAUUGAGUCAUGUGUUGGGCAGGUUGGUCUAGCCAGCUUGGAUUCUCUAUUAACUGCAAUUAUUAAGGAGAACUUAGAGUAUGCAUUGAAGGGUUUCAAGAAUUCGUUAGAUUCCAGAUGCUUGGAAGAACUACGUAAGCUUGAUGAUUCUUUGGGCCCUCCUACAUCCCUACCUUUGCUGGGUUGGUCAUCAUAUAUGCAGAUGGGCAAGGUUUUCAUCGCAUCAUGGGAACCAUUGGUCGAGUGCUUGGCAACUAUUGGACAACUUCAACUACUACGCCGUCUUAUUUCCUUUCAAUUGAAGUGUACCUGUAAGGUUAAAGCUGCUUUGAUAACUUCUGCUGCUGAAGGUAUGCUUUCCUCAAUAUAUUGCCAGAGACGAAGAAUACUUGAGUGCAUGGAAGAGAAAGAUAAAGAUAAAGAUGGUGCAAAUUUAGGACUCUUUCUCCAAGCAUUGGAUGAGCAACGAAAAAUAGUUGGUUUAUUGUCUCCUCUUCAAGCUGUCCACAUCUCAAGCGAUCCUCCUAUAUUUUUGGGCAGAUGUGCAUUCAUUUUUUCAAUAUCACAGUUGUCACGCUAUGUGCUUGAUUCUCAUUUGGGCACUUUGACCAGUCGAUUAAAGAAGUCCAUAAUUGAUUUUUCUCCUGUGGUCAUUGGGAUCGGAACCUUCCUCAGGCAAUUUCAUCCUUCUCAUAUGAACCAGUAUGUUCAGUACAUGGGUCAGUAUAUACGCACAAUAGCAGAAACAGCAUUUGGGACAGUCUCUGGACCUCACAAAGGAUCCCCUGAUCCAGCAGAGGUGCUGAAGUCAGCGUUCUGGCUAAUGUGUUUCUGCAAAUAUAUGGAUGUUUCAGAGGAUUUAGCCAACUCGUGCCUACCACCUUCUUUUAUCGCUAUUCUCCAAACUUGAAAAGCCCCAAGGUUGUUAUUAAUUUGAACUUCAAAAGCAUGACAAGUCUCUGCUUGAUCAAUCUACAAGUGUCUUAAGGGUUGAACCGGAAAAGCUGUAUCAUGCAAAAAUUCAACAGCACUUUCAUUUGCAUUGUAAAUUAUGAUGUGAUUUUUCCGACAAUGGUCUUUUGACCAAGUCAAAGUUGCAGCAGUUCUCCUGAGUAGAUUCGAGGUACAACAGAUCCUGGUCUACCUCAUGCUGCCUGAAUGAUCCAUCCUGCCAAAUAGGGCCUUUUGUUUUAAGAUUUAAGGCAGAUCUGUGAAUAUAAGCUGUAUGUUAUUUCACUCUUCAUCUGAGUCCUUAUGUCUUAUAAUUUGGUUUGGAAAUGAAUGGUUGGAUCUAUAUUUGUAUAAACAACCUCAUAUGGAGCGGAUCUGCCAAAAAUUUUGCUGAUAUUAAAAUUAAUCUGGUAAUUUCCAUGCUAUUUGCUGCAUA